UUUAAAAUAAAAUAAAAAAAAGCCCACGUCAUCCCUCCCCUAGGAAUUAUAUUGAGGUAGAACUAGAAAAACCCUUUCUGAAACCCUAACAGAAGUGGCGGCAACACCGCCUCUGGUUUCAUCGUCUUCUCCACCUUCUUCAGUGAAAUUGUUGAUUUAGUUUUGAGGCACCAUGAGAUUGGAGAAAUGCUGGUUCUGUUCUUCUACUGUAUAUCCUGGACACGGAAUCCAGUUUGUUCGCAACGAUGCAAAGAUUUUUCGAUUUUGUAGGUCUAAGUGCCACAAGAACUUUAAAAUGAAGAGGAACCCUCGGAAAGUAAAAUGGACCAAGGCAUAUAGGCGAGUGCACGGAAAGGACAUGACACAGGAUUCAACCUUUGAGUUUGAGAGGAAGCGUAACAGGCCUGAGAGAUACGACAGGAAUCUUGCUAACAGUGUCCUCAACGCCAUUCCAAAGAUUGAUAAGAUCCGAGUUGCCCGGGAAAAGACACACCAUGCGAAUAGGAUGAAGGGCAAGAAGGAGAAGGAACGGAUGGAGGGUGCUAGGGAGUUGGAACAGAGCAUCCAUAUGCUUCCCAUUCCUAAGGUCAAAGUGGAUGAACCUCUUAAGAUUAAAGUGGCUGUUUCCCAACAACAAUCAGAGCAAAAUCUUGCAAUGGAAGAGUGAUAUCGAUGCUGCAUUCUUUUUAAUAUAGCCCAAAUUGAAAGUUGAUAUGUUGCUCAUCAGUAAUGUGAAUGAUGAAAUUUUGAAACGAAUUUUUGUAGUAUUUGAGAAUAUGUAUGUGGUGUUUUUAGAUAAUGUUUUAAUAGUUUAUGAGAUAGUGAACUAGUACAACUACUCCUUGGAUGUUUUGAUUUUAUAAUGAGUAUACUUACUAUUCAAAUGGAUUAUGGCA